AGUAACCAACAAAAGGUCCAAACCCCUUAUUCAUUUCAAAAUUUCAAUUUGCGCGCCUCCCUCUUCCCCCUUUUACCACUAGCAUUCAAUCAGAUCUCACUACCCUCUUCAUCCUUCCAAAACCCUAACCCCCAAUCUAACUCCAAAUGGGUGCCGCUGAAAGCCGCCGACAAGAGUUAGAAAUCUCCGACUCUGAAUCCGAUGAAGAACAACAACAACACUCCGAAUCCGAUGAAGAUUACGAAGAAGUUAAAGACCACCAAUCACCCAUCAAAACCCCACCCAAGACCCCCUCUUCCGUUGACCAAAUUGAAGCUAAAUUAAAAGCCCUAAAACUCAAAUACCAAUCCAAGAACCAAUCUGUCAAGAACCCCGUUAAGCUUUACAUCUUUUCAGCUGCAAAUACUGCCAAUUCCAAAUGGGUUGUUGUUGAUAAGCUCACUUCGUAUUCUUUCGUCAAAACGACGUCGAAUGGGGGUGAUGAAGAUGAUGACGAUGAAGAGGAAGAAGAUGGGGAUGGGGAUCUUUAUUGGUUUUUGAAAGUCGGGUCGAAAGUUCGGUCAACGGUUGAUCAGCAGCUGCAGUUGAAGCCAACUAUGGAUCAGUUACGGGUUGAUUUUGUGUCGAAUGGUGUUUACGCUAUGAAGUUUUUUAGUAUUGAAGAUUACAAGGGGUUUAUUGAGCAGUAUGAGAAGUGUUUGUUUGAAAAUACUUAUGGGUUUGAGUGUAAUGAUGAGAAUAAAGCGAAGGUUUACGGGAAAGAUUUUGUAGCGUGGGCGAAUCCGGAAGCUGCUGAUGAUUCAAUGUGGGAGGAUGCUGAGGAUAGUUUUUCGAACAGUCCGGCUUUCAAGACUCCGGUUAGGGGAAACCAUGAUCUUCGAGAGGAGUUCGAAGAGGCUGCGAAAGGGGGCAGUAUAAAAAGCUUGGCUUUAGGGGCAUUGGACAACAGUUUCUUGGUAAGCGAUUCGGGUAUUCAAGUUGUUAAGAAUUUUAGUCAUGGGAUUCAUGGAAAAGGGGUUUAUGUUAAUUUUGAUGAUGCGAUUAAAGGACACGUUGAAUCGACUCCUAGGAAAGCGCUUUUGAUGAAAGCGGAAACAAAUAUGUUGUUAAUGAGUCCGAUGACUAGUGGAAAACCGCACACUAGUGGGAUUCAUCAGUUUGAUAUAGAAACUGGGAAAGUUGUAACUGAAUGGAAGUUUGCAAAAGAUGGGACGGAUAUUACGAUGAGGGAUGUGACGAACGAUAGCAAAGGAGCGCAAAUGGAUCCUUCCGGGUCGACUUUCUUGGGUUUGGAUGAUAAUAGGCUUUGUAGGUGGGAUAUGCGUGACCGACACGGGAUUGUUCAGAAUCUUGCUGAUGCAAACACCCCUGUGUUGAACUGGACACAAGGACAUCAGUUCUCUAGAGGGACAAAUUUUCAAUGUUUUGCGACUACUGGUGAUGGGUCAAUUGUUGUUGGUUCUCUUGACGGGAAGAUAAGGCUGUACUCUGUGAGCUCCAUGAGACAAGCCAAGACUGCUUUUCCGGGCCUCGGGUCACCCAUUACACAUGUGGAUGUUACUUAUGAUGGGAAGUGGAUUUUGGGCACAACCGAUACUUAUUUGAUCCUUAUUUGCACGUUGUUUACCGAUAAAGAUGGGAAAUCAAAGACGGGCUUUGCAGGACGUAUGGGGAAUAGAAUCGCAGCUCCAAGGCUGUUGAAGUUGAAUCCUCUUGAUUCACAUAGGGCUGGAAUGUUUAACAAGUUCCGUGGGGCACAAUUCUCUUGGGUCACUGAAGACGGGAAGCAAGAACGCCACCUGGUCGCCACUGUGGGGAAGUUCAGUGUCAUUUGGAACUUUCAGCAGGUGAAGGACGGGUCCCACGAAUGCUACAGAAAUCAAGUCGGUCUGAAGAGUUGCUACUGCUACAAGAUCGUCCCAAAAGACGAUUCAAUCGUUGAAAGCCGUUUUAUGCAUGAGAAAUUUGCAGUGAGUGAUUCACCUGAGGCCCCACUCGUCGUUGCUACUCCAAUGAAAGUCAGUUCUUUCAGCAUAUCUAGCAGCAGACUUUCUUAUGCUUAAUUAUUUCUAGUUUUUUUUUCUGAAAAACAAUAUGUACUUUUAUCAACUUGAUUGUAUUUUUGUUGCUAGCAACAGGAUUGUUGUAAUGGAGUAAUGGACUACUAAUGGUUAAGAUGAACUUGAAAUGUUUGCUUAUCA